CCCUGGCUUCAAACGGCGGCCCAGACCCCGGCUCGCCAACUCGGAAAGACAACCUAUUUGUUCGCGCCAGGGCUUUGAAGCCGUUUCUGUAAGGCAUGACAGCUGUUUCGCAAUGGGUCAUUGCCCCGUUUCUCGCAGCACUAUCUCGGGAUUCCUCCCUCGUCGGUCCGUCCAGGCUACUGGCCCGAAGAGCCUUGUCAGAGCACGCCGAACACAACGGAGCCUGCCGGUACUCCUGUUCGUCGUCAACAGGUAUGAUUACACAGUACCUGGCCGAAUCCGGCCAAACUUGGGUCAUGCGGCUCACAUACAUACAUACCUUGUACGGAGUAGCAGUUUACAGUACUGGACUUCGUCUGCCCGUAUUCGUUCAGUCUUCACCUCCCUCCAUGAUUUGGACAGCCUUCACGGUUGCGUGAUACGGAUAGCACCCUCAGAACGAUACCCCAGCUGUUCGCAGAUGCUCCCCUUGCGAUGCUACACGACACAAGUCUUUUCCGAUACUCUGCUUUCUAACUCAGUGCCCGGUGUUUGGACAUCGCCGCUCGUUCUACUUCGUACAUUCUACCGCCACGGAUACCUGCGCAAGUCGCGGCUAGUGCAGAACUUGCCGGCGUUCGGCACCAUCCUAGUUUCCUUCUUGUGGGUUUGCAAUACUGGCAACGCCCCAACGGCCCAAUCCAACCCAUCAUUCAAGCUAAAGCCUCGUCCGCCUUGCCCUACCAAAGAACAUUCGAUGAAAGAUUUGAAUGUCGCUAGGCUGGCUUCCCAUUGGGGGCACAAAAGGAUUUUCCCCGCCAUGGGUGCUUCUGGGCAGUGGAUGCAGGUAAUCUGGUCUCAGUGGGCACAAGCGAAGGUGGGAGAAGAAGAGAAGGAGAGCAAAAAAGAUCUGCCACACAAUGCAUGGUCGGCCCAGUCAGUGGCCACGAGCUGAUCCCCUGCAAAGGUCCUGCGGGUUUGCCUCGAUGCGGACAAGACUCAACUGCCACAUUUGCAACCUCUUUCCUUGCCCUUAACUUGAGAAUAUUAAGUACCACCUCAUGAUACGCGCGCAGCAUCUCGGAAAGCAAGAAUCGUUCGCUUGGCCACGGCAAUUUCUGUUCGAGAAGAUAGGCGUUGCAGAGGCAUAUGCAGCAUCGCUGCGCUUGUCGGGUGCCUAACCGGCGUGGCUGACUUCUCUCUUCUUGCCCGACUAUCCGUAGGAAGGAUGCUGCUUUCGUUGUAACAGAAUGCUG